AUGAGCGCAUCGCCGACACCCCCUCACCAACAAGGUUCAUCUCAAGAGCCGGCGGAAGCGAUCAUCACUCCAAAGUUGCCCCUCGAAAAGCCGAUCCUCGCCUCAAAGCUUUACAAUUCGUCGAGAAGAACAUUCCGGCGACUACCCCGCGCUUCAGGGCUGUCCGAACCGUCGGUGACCACCAGUCAGCGAACAUGCUCACAACGAUCCAGCCGGAUUGUUGCGAGACCACCUGGUGGCCGGUUGCCCUCAGAAGACCUGACAAAAAACCUGCCUAACCCCCCUGAAGUCACGCUCGAGGAGCUAUGUCAAUAUUCGAGAAAGCCCCUUCUGUCGCCGUUCAUUGUCCAAGAUAUCUCAGGACUCGCGCGGCAGCUUCCUGAACCUUAUUCUCAGCCGCUAUUUUCUGCUGCGAGUGAUGCCACAAAGAAACAGGUGCUCGAACACGCUCAGGCUUUUUUCAGCAAACGUGGUCGCAGCUUGCAAGAGUGCAAGAAUAUUGUCGAAAAGCAACAGGAUGACAAGUCAUCAGUGGCCGCAACUAUCAAAGCGUUGCGCAUCCACAGCAUGGUCUUUCCAUGCUUGCGGGAUCAUUUAGUCGAGGGCACCAAGCACAUGCCGUUGCGCACGAGGCUGUUGCCACUCAGAGCAAAGCUUGUGAUGGCCAAGGCACGGCACCGGUUCUGUCCUGGCAUGACGCGAAGCGAUGUCAUUAAGGAGGUCACAGAGGAGUUGGAUUAUGGAGGGAAAUACAUCUCCUUAAAAGAGGCCUUCUCGAUGGGCACAAUUACCAGGCUCAAUCAUAAAUGCUCAUCUAGGUACGAGGGUCGCAAGCCAACUAAAGAGCUUGAGAGUGACUUGGAAGGCGAAGGCGCUAAACCAAGCAAGCAGCUAGAGGAUCUUGCUGGCAACGGCGAACUCAAUGCGGAGGUUUGGCUCGAGAUCUACUCCGGGGGCUAUUUCUUGUGCAAAGGAGGCCUCGUUGUGGCAAUUCUUUUCUCGAUCGGGGAAAAGGCCGAGCUCCAGCGACGAUUGGCCCGCUUCUACGAAAAAGCAACAGAACGCAGCGAAUUCCAGACCAAUGGACGCAAAUUCCGAGGCACAGCUUGA